AUGAGCGACAGCACAUCUACAGAAGCGGCAGCUGUUGCCGAAUCAAAGCCCGCCGGCAACGAGGCCACACCAACCAGCGACAAGACAUCCACAGAGACAAUCACCACAAGCACGCCGGAGCCGAGCAACACGGCCAAGACGGCGGCAGCGGAACGCAUGGCCCGCUUCCGCGCGCUGCAAGCACGCGCCAAGACGUCAUCUGACCAGAACCUCAAGGCGGCGACGGCCGAGUCGCGGCGGGAGGCGUCGGACCCGUCUCAGCUGACGGCGCUUCACCGGCGGCACGCCAUCGCGUCGCACAAGAUCCUCAAGGCGGACGUGGAGGACAGCGGCGGCGACUUUGAGCGGAAGCGGGCCUGGGACUGGACGGCCGAGGAGAGCGAGCGGUGGGACAAGCGCGUCAAGAAGAAGGAGGCGGCGCGCGACAACAACGCCUUCCAGGACUACAGGCACGAGGCCGAAAAGAUCUACAAGCGCCAGCUCAAAAACAUGCCUCCGGACAUGGAGCGCUACGCAAAGGACAAGAUGGCCGCCAUCGACAAGGCCGCCGCCGCCGGGACGCUGGAUAUCGUCGAGACCGAGGACGGCGAGCUCAUUGCCGUCGAUCGCGCGGGCACCUUUUACUCCACCACCGACUCUACCAACUUUGCCAAGAACAAGCCCGACAAGGAGGCCAUCGACAGGCUGGUCAACGACAUGAAGAAGGCAGAGGACGUCGCGGCCAAGAAGAGGAAGGCCCGCAUGGCCAAGAACGGAGAGGAUGACGACGUCACAUAUAUCAACGACAAGAACAAGCAGUUCAACCAAAAGCUGGCGAGGUUCUACAACAAGUACACCGCCGAGAUCAGAGAAAGUUUUGAGCGUGGUACGAUGAUAUGA